AUGUCAUCUUGUAAUAGCAGUAGUAUUUCUGGAAAUUUAAGCCACUCUCAUAGUGGAGGACCUUUGCUUACUGCUUAGUAGUCUCAAGCAGCUCGUGAUCUAAUACAAGUAGAAUAAGAAAUAAAAAAUACAGUUAACUUGCUAAAAAAAUUAAAAAUAAAUAAAAAUGAUUCUUGGAUUCAAGAACAUAUUAAUAUUGCUAACUCCUAACAACCCUCAUCAAGUCUUUAUCCGAAGUACUAAAAAGGUACAAAUUAUUAUCAAGAGUUUUGGAGAACCUAUUUAAUGAAUGAAAUGAUGAUAGCUAAGAUUAAAGAAUUUUCCUCAGAAAAUAAGCUAUUAGAUAAUAAAAUUUAAGAAUUAGAGCAACUUCAUAGAGAAUAUUAGAAACUAGUUUCAAUGAAAAAUAAAAAGAAAAAUAGAAGAACAGCAAAUGAAAUCGAAAAGAGUCAUAUCUGUCCAUAUGUUGAAUGCUAAAAAUUAUAUGGAUCAGAAGUAUCUCUAAAUUUGCACAUCAAGCUAAAACAUAAUGGUGGAAAUAAAACUGAAAGAGAAAGACUUGCAAGAUCGAUUUGUUUAGCACAAGAAAAUGGCGAUUUAGCUCCUGAUUUAUGCUUAAAUUUCCCUCCUGGAUAUCUAGAUUAAUUCAAAGCUUAAUACAAUAAAGAAAAAGAGAGAUAGCUUAAAUUAGAGUAAUAAGGUGAAAAUUUAGAAAGCAAUACAAUCGAAAGAGAGAAAGAUCUAGAACCAGUGACCAAUUAAGAUAAUACCAUUAAAGAUGAUUAAGAAGAAAUGGAAUAUAGUGAUGAGGAAGAAGAAGAGUAAGAAGAAAGUAUUAAAUAAGAAAAUAAAAAAGCCAAUAAAAAGAAAGACAAAGAAACCAAAUAAAAAAAGAGCAAAUCUAAUGCAAAUAAAAAUUCUAAAAAACAAAACAAAAAACACAGAGCAGAAGAAUAUGAAGAAGAUUAAAACUCACUUUCUUCAACACCUGUUAAAAAUUCAUAGAGUAUAUCAUGA